AUGUCUUUAGUCGCUUUGAAAAACGGUGUUGCCAAUGUAUUAAGCAAAAAAAACUCAUCAGAAGAGGAGUUGGAAAGAGCAAACAGACUCUUGGACAAUAAUAGCUUGCCAUACGGCUCAACAGAUCAAAACAGCGACGGCAAUGACAGAGCUGCCCAAAUAGCAAGAGAAGAAGCAGUCAUACACGCAGCAGCAUCAAUAGCAUCCUCGUCAGCAAAUAAAGAAGAGGAAGAUGAAAACACUAGUUUUUUGACUAGUUUCUUUAACAGAUUUGACCCUAGAGUCAUGUCAGAUAUAAUAAUUGGUUUGAGUGAUGGUUUAACGGUGCCGUUUGCUUUAACUGCCGGUUUGUCUUCUUUGGGAGACUCAAAAUUGGUCAUCACCGGUGGUAUGGCUGAAUUGGUGUCAGGGGCCAUAUCUAUGGGUUUGGGUGGUUUCUUGGCUGCCAAAUCGGAAAAUGAAUAUUAUCAUUCUCAAGUUAAAAAGGAAAAAUUGAGUUUCUUUAAAAAACCCGAAACUGUUAAUCAAGAUGCUGCAGAGAUUAUGUUUGAAUUGGGUGCUAGCGAACAAACCAUUAUAAGCUUCUUGAAAGAUUUGGAUUCUAAACCUAAAAACUUGAUUGAUUUUAUAAUCCGAUUUGGCAGGGGCUUGGAGGAACCAGCUGAAGGAAGAGAGUUCACAUCAGCAGUAACAAUAGGAUCAGCAUACUUUCUUGGUGGAUUUGUGCCACUUUUACCUUAUUUCUUCACCAAUGUCGUCAAGACUGGUUUGUUAAUUUCGGUAAUUGUGAUGUUGAUAACUUUGUUUAUAUUUGGUUACAUCAAAACCUCCAUAUCGUUGGGUGACGAUUGUGGUACCCACAAAAAGGUCGCUGAGGGGUUCCAAAUGGUUGCUGUUGGUUCAGUUGCUGCUGGUGCUGCUUGGGGACUUGUAUACCUUAUAGAUAAUUAA